AUGUCCGACAGCCAGCCACGUUCCGAGCCGCUUUCUGAGCCACGUUCUGACGAGCAACGUCCUGACGACGUGGAACAGCAGCCGUCCCGCGAGCAGCGGCGCUCGUCUCGCAUCUCACGUCGAAUGUCACGGGCGACCAGCAUCGCGAACGAUCCGAAUUUGGAUGAGUAUGAGAGACUUGUCAAGUAUGUUUCUGUGUACCGAGAGCCUGGGAAGGCCGAACUUGAAGAGGAUCAGGAGGGCGAGAUGCGGAGGGUAUGGUAUGCCCCCUGGAGAAAGAGAUGGGUUCGUAAACGGAAAGCAGAAGGGGCACCGCAGUUCCCAGAAGACUGGCUCCUCACCGAUAUCAAACAAGGCCUCACGAAUCAAGAGGUUCUCAAUCGACGUCGUCGUUCGGGGUGGAAUGAACUAGUCUCUGAAAAGGAGAACCCAAUUGCCAAGUUCCUUUCCUACUUCCAAGGUCCUAUCUUAUACGUUAUGGAGUUGGCUGUGCUUCUUUCAGCUGGUCUGAGGGAUUGGGUGGACUUCGGUGUUAUCAUCGGUAUUUUGUUUCUCAACGCAUCCGUCGGUUGGUAUCAAGAAAAGCAAGCAGCAGAUGUCGUUUCUAGCCUGAAAGGUGAUAUUGCCAUGAGAGCAACAGUCGUUCGUGAGGGCGAGGAGCAGGAGAUUCUUGCCCGUGAACUCGUCCCGGGGGAUGUGGUAUGGCGCUCUCUCCUGGACACUAGUGGCACUGUUACACUUCGAUUAACAUGCUGGCAGAUUGUUGUUAGCGAGGGCACCGUCGUUCCCGCGGAUGCCAAAGUCAUCUGCUCCUAUGAUGAUCCAAAUGGCUUUGAAGAAUUCAAGAGGAUGCAAGCAGAAGGUGCCUUGGGAGAAUCGUCAGAAGAGGAAGGUAGCAAUAAGGAACAAGGUGGGGAAGAACGUGAAGAGGACGCAAGGCUGCCAGGUGAAGGGGAGAAGAAAAAGGAAGGCGAAGGCGAAGGCAAGGAGGAAGAGGGAGGUGAGGAAGAACAGGAAAGCAAAAACAAAGGGUAUCCCAUCCUGGCCUGCGAUCAUUCUGCCAUUACGGGAGAAUCACUGGCUGUUGACAGAUAUAUGGGUGACAUUAUCUACUACACUACUGCAUGUAAGCGUGGAAAGGCCUACGCUGUCGUGCAGACAACAGCAAAAACGUCGUUUGUCGGACGAACUGCAACUAUGGUUGCUGGCGCUGGGGGGAAGGGACACUUCGAGCUCGUGAUGGAGAACAUCGGAACGUCUCUUCUUAUCCUUGUCAUGGCAUGGAUUCUCGCUGCCUGGAUUGGUGGCUUCUAUCGACAUCUCCCCAUUGCUAGUCCAAAAGAGCAGACGUUGCUGCACUAUACACUGGUGUUACUGAUCAUUGGAGUUCCUGUCGGUCUUCCAGUUGUCACGACUACAACCAUGGCUGUUGGCGCAGCCUAUCUCGCGAAAAAGAAGGCGAUUGUGCAGAAGCUGACCGCAAUCGAAUCCCUGGCCGGCGUUGAUAUCCUGUGUUCCGAUAAGACUGGAACCCUUACCGCCAACAAAUUGAGUAUUCGGAAUCCUUACGUUGCGGAGGGUGUGGAUGUCAAUUGGAUGAUGGCCGUGGCCGUUCUGGCGUCGUCCCAUAAUAUCUCGGCCCUUGAUCCCAUCGACAAAGUGACACUUCUCUCGCUACGGAUGUAUCCCAAGGCAAAAGAAAUCCUCCGACGAGGCUGGAAGACCGAAAAGUUUACUCCAUUUGACCCAGUAUCCAAACGAAUCGUCACAGUUUGCAGUUGUGAGGGGGUCAAAUAUACAUGCACCAAAGGCGCCCCUAAAGCGGUCCUGACAUUGACGAAAUGCUCGCCACGAACUGCGGAAUUGUACAAACAAAAAGCACAAGAAUUUGCACAUCGUGGAUUCCGCUCUCUAGGGGUGGCCGUGCAGAAAGAAGGUGAAGAUUGGAGGUUGCUCGGUAUACUACCCAUGUUUGAUCCACCGCGUGAAGACACAGCGCAGACUAUCUCAGAGGCUCAGAAUCUUGGGAUCAGUGUGAAAAUGCUCACAGGUGAUGCACUUGCCAUUGCUAAGGAGACCUGCAAGAUGCUUGCGCUGGGUACCAAGGUUUAUAAUUCUGAAAAGCUUAUCCAUGGCGGACUCAGUGGUGCAAUGGCCCAUGAUCUGGUAGAGAAGGCCGACGGGUUUGCAGAGGUUUACCCAGAACACAAAUAUCAGGUGGUUCAGAUGCUUCAAGAGCGUGGCCAUCUAACCGCGAUGACUGGUGAUGGGGUUAACGAUGCUCCAUCGCUAAAGAAGGCCGAUUGUGGCAUUGCGGUUGAAGGGGCUUCAGAGGCUGCUCAAUCUGCCUCGGACAUUGUCUUCCUAGCUCCUGGCUUAUCGACGAUUAUUGAUUCGGUCAAGGUUGCGCGGCAAAUCUUCCAUCGCAUGAAGGCUUAUAUCCAGUACCGUAUUGCGCUCUGCUUGCACCUGGAAAUAUAUUUGGUUACAUCGAUGAUUAUUCUGAAUGAGAGUAUCCGCACGGAUCUGGUGGUCUUUUUGGCGCUCUUUGCCGAUUUGGCCACUGUCGCGGUCGCCUAUGAUAAUGCGUCGUUUGAAAUGCGGCCGGUUGAAUGGCAGCUCCCAAAGAUCUGGGUUAUAUCUGUCAUCCUCGGCAUUUUACUUGCAGCAGCGACGUGGGUGAUUCGUGGCUCGAUGUUCCUGCCGUCUGGAGGCAUCAUCCAGAACUGGGGUGCCAUCCAGGAAGUCCUUUUCCUUGAAGUGGCCCUGACCGAAAACUGGCUGAUUUUUGUGACCCGCGGCGCGGAGACUUGGCCGUCGCUGGAGUUGGUCGGCGCAAUUAUGGGUGUUGAUGCCUUGGCCACCAUCUUCUGUCUGUUUGGCUGGUUUACAAACCAAACAAUGAGGACGAAGCCUAAGGACUCAUACCAUGAGACCAGGAACGGAUGGACGGACAUUGUUACUGUUGUCCGAAUCUGGGGUUACUCCCUUGGUGUCACCAUUGUCAUUGCACUGGUGUACUAUAUCCUGAAUAGGGUUGAGUGGUUGGCCAAUUUGGGUCGGAAGAAGAGAAGCAAGGGAGACAUACAGAUAGAGAACCUGCUCGCACAUCUUGCCCGGGUCACGCUUGAGCACGAGAAGGAAGGGGAACCCAAGGGCCGGUUUUACCUCGCGGCCAACAAAGAGGAAGAAGAGGCGGAGUAA